AUGGCCCAGGUCGCAGCUGUCGUAGCGCAUGCGAACGCUCGCGGCCCUACGAGUGGAUUUACAGAUGUAUCAGAUGAUGAUUUCCAACUUCCUCCAGGCUACGACAGGGUAGGGUCAAAGUUAUUCCGACCCUUAAAGGUGGGAGCUUUCACCUUACAGCACCGCAUUGUCCAUGCCGCGUUGGGCAGAAGCCGAAGCAUCAAGGGCCAAGAAAGCCCGUUAGCGGUCAAGUACUUCUCACAACGUGCUACCCCAGGGGGUCUCAUCAUCUCCCAAGCAACCGGUGGCAAGCCAGAAUGGAUGGCUUGGCCAUUUUCUGCCUCACUCCACUCGGAGGACCAGGUUCGGGCUGUAGCUCGUAUCGUUGAAGCCGUACAUGAAAAGGGGGCCUUCUGGUUCCACCAGCUCACCCACGUGGGCCGAUGCACCUCCCCAGCUCUUGUAAAACUGGCUUGGGAAAGGGCUGGGCACACAGAGCCACCGCCCUAUGGCUACAGAUCUCUUUCUGCUUCUGAGGUCGAGGAGUCUGGUAUAAACACACAUUCUGGCGAACCAUUCGGGAAACCUCAUGCCGUUUCCAAGGAGCAAAUCAAGGAGAUCCGUGAAGACUUCAAGAACUCUGCCCGCAACGCAGAAAGAGCAGGAGCAGAUGGCAUAGAGAUUCUCGCAGGAAAUGGCUUCCUUCUUGAUCAAUUUUUACACGACAACAUUAACCAGCGAACAGAUGAGUAUGGAGGCUCGAUAGAGAAUCGAUCGAGGUUUGUGCUCGAGGUUAUCGAUGAUAUAGCUGAAAUAUUUGGGCACCAAAAGAUUGGCGUCCGGAUCAGCCCGUUUUCAAAUUUCCAUGAGACCGAUGGGUCUCAACCUUUGGCUCAGCUGCUUCAUUUGACACGCGAGCUCGCCCUACGUGGAGUAGCAUACGUGCAUGUGGGUGAAGCUCGAGUAUCUAGGAACCUGGAUAUCGAGGAGAAUCUGAAAAGGCUUCUGGAUAAAGGUAUAUCCGCUGAGGACAUAUCUUUGCGCCCAUUCAGAGAUUUGCUUCGAAAGGUCCGGCCUGUCGAUCCAGCUUAUACUCCAACCGUGCUGUUUGGGGCUGGAGGCUACACCUCAACCACCGCGAUAUUGACGGUGGACGAGGACCUUGCGGAUGGCGUGGUUUUUGGUCGACGAUUUAUCUCGAACCCAGACUUGGUGGAUCGGGUUCGCCUAGGAUUACAACUGACUCCGUAUGAUCGCGAUACCUUCUACACGCAUGGCGCGAAAGGCUAUACCACCUACAAGAAUUAUGAUGCGGGUCAGGGGGUAAAAGCCUUAGGCUUGAAUGGGACAGCCGACGGCGCACCAGAUUCGGCUACCAACGGGAGAGCUAGCAACGGUAUAACGAACGGCACUGGCGAUCACGCUGGCCGGAAGAGAUUGGCCAUCAUUGGAGCUGGAAUAUCAGGCAUCGUGGCGGCGAGCGCAUUCCAGCGGCUUGGAAACGACUUUGAGAUCCAGAUCUUUGAGCGAAAGGCUGUACCUGGAGGAAGCUGGGUGUACGACGAAGUCUCUAAUACUGUACCAAACUUCCCAUCGGAGAAUCCUGAGUCAGUCAAUCCCCCGGUCCUUCGGCCUGAGGGUAUCCUACCGCUGACCGUCCCUCGCAAUACCCAACAACGCUAUACAUCAACCCCUCUGUAUAGUUCCCUCUACGCUAACAUUCCAUUCGAUGUUAUGACGGGGUCCUCUACUUUCAAGCUUACUGACCCGAUGCCGGAGUUUGCACCCUACCUCUCGGCAACUCAGUUGGUGGAAGGUGUCGCAAGCAUCUCGCAUCAAUAUGACGAUUUAAUCCAUUACAAUACAACGGUAGAGAAUGUUGAAAAGGUUGGCGCGGAUGACGAGAAGCUGAGACUAAUUUUGAGGACCGAAAAUGCAGAUUUCACAGAUACCUGGUCCGAGGAAGUCUUUGAUUUCUUGAUUGUAGCUACUGGUCAUAACUCUGUGCCUCAUGUACCUGCUAUCUCAGGGCUUGAUACAUGGAAAGGUCAACUCCGACAUAGUACGACAUGGCGAUCAGGGGAGGAGUUCAAGGCACAGAGCAUUCUCGUUGUCGGAUCCAGCGAAAGUGCCAUCGAUGUGACGCUUCAGAGUCUCCCGCACGCAAAGUCGCCUGUGUACGUCUCCCAGCGAACUCCUCACCCACGCUUUCCCACAGUCUUCAACCGUAAAGGGAUAGAAAUUGUGCCAACAAUUUCCCACAUCGAUGGAAAUAGUAUCCAUCUCUCUAAUGGUGCCGUAUUGACAGACAUCGACACGAUAGUCUUUUCCACUGGCUAUUUCUACACUUAUCCGUUCCUGAACCACAUCCGACCAUCAGCGCCAAGUGGUCAGAGGGUCCCAGGCUUAUAUCAGCACAUUUUUGAUAUCUAUAAUCCCAACAUCGCCUUCAUUGGUGUAGCGACUGGGACGCUCGCUUGGCUCGCUUGGGAAAAAUCAGCAUUUUUAACCGCUCUUCUAUGGUCAGGCCGCAUUAAAUUACCCCCUGUUGAAGAGCAAAAGAAGUGGGAAGCUCGUCGACUGGUUCAGACAGGGCCCAAAGAUAAGAUGUUCCAUAUCCUUGCACAACCUAGCGACCGGGUGAUUUAUUUUGACGAGCUCAAUGAAAUAGCCGGGGACUACCUCAAUACGGAGGCGCCCGACGAUGAGCUCCUCAGAUCAUUCCCAUGGGACUGGAUUGUAAGCCUAGGAACUGGGCAUGCUCGGAAGGCUCAGUUUUAUGGCAUCCCUGCUUGA